AUGAGGCCCACCACGUCCCGCUCCGACCAGAGCGUCUCGCUCGCCGCCACCUCGGGCCCCUCCACCCCCACCGCAGAGCACAACGACCCGCAUCACCCAGACGCCGCCACCAGCAGCGACCUCGAGGCUUCGCCCACCGCGCCGGCAACGCCCGCCAUCGAGAAGCAGCAGCAGCACCUCCAUGGCGACGACAAGCUCGUAACGUGGGCACACGGUCCGCCCGAGGCCGACCCCGACAACCCGCUCGGCUGGUCAAAGAUGCGCAAGUGGGGCACCGUCGUCGUCGUCUCGGCCGCCUCAUUCUGCGUCACGUCCACCUCGUCCAUCAUCAGCCUCGCCUACGACGGCAUCAUGCAGGACUUCAAAAUCAGCAAGAUCGUCUCCAUCCUCGGCCUCUCGCUCUUUGUCGCCGGCCUCGGCCUCGGUCCCAUGUUUCUCGCACCCCUCAGCGAGUUCUACGGUCGCCGCCCCAUCUAUCUCUGCUCCUUUUCGGCCUUUUUCCUGCUCGGCUUCCCCGUCUCGUUUGCCAACAACCCAGCCGUCUUCUUCAUCUUCCGCUUCCUCACCGGCUUCGGAGGCUCGGCGCUGCUCUCGGUCGCCGGCGGCUCCGUCAGCGACUGCUUUGACCAGCGCGACCUCUACAUCCCUAUGGCCGUCUUCACCCUCUCCCCGUUCCUGGGACCGGCGAGCGGCUCCCUGCUCAGCGGCUUCAUCAACCAAAACGUGCAGUGGCGGUGGUCGUUUUGGGUCAUCAACAUUUGGUCCGCGUGCACCCUGGUCGCCAUCUACUUUUUCGCGCCCGAGACGUAUGCGCCCAUCAUCCUCGCCAAGCGUGCGCGCAGGCUGCGCAAGCAGACGGGCGACGACAAGCUUUAUGCCCAGCACGAGCGCAACAUCGGCCAGAAGAGCGUCGUCCGCACCAUCGCCACCAGCUGCACCCGCCCCUUUGAGCUGCUAAUCAACGAGUACAUGCUCGCUCUGCUGUGCAUCUGGUCGGCGCUGCUGCUCGGUCUGCUCUACCUCCUCUUCAUCGCCUUUCCCAUCGUCUUCCGCCAGCACGGCUUCAACGUGCAAGAAGUGGGCCUCAGCUUCGUUGGCAUCGGCCUCGGUCAGCUCGUGGCGCUGGCCUCGAUGCCGUACUGGGCGCGAAAGUACGCCGCCGCACGAGAGGCUGGGGGUGGCGUCGCCCCUCCCGAGGCGCGGCUUCCCGUCGCCAUGGCGGGCGCGCUCAUCAUGCCCGUCGGCCUGUUCGCGUUCGCUUUUACCAGCUACGCCUCGGUGCCCUGGAUCGUGCCCAUCCUCGCCAGCAUCCUCAUCGGCCUGGCAAUAGGCCUGACCUACAUCUCGAUCUUUUCCUUUACCGUCGACGCGUACCGCCCCGUGGCGGCGUCGGCCAUGGCGGCCAACUCGAUUGUCCGCAGCAGCUGGGCCGCCGCCUUUCCGCUGUUUGCGGGGCAGAUGUACAGCGGCCUGGGCGUCGUGGGCGCCAGCGCGCUUCUGGCCGGGCUCAAUGUGCUGAUGGUGCCGCUGCCGUUCCUCUUUUACCGGUACGGCGCGCGGAUCAGGGCCAAGAGCAAGUUCACCAACAGCGCGCAGACAUAG